AAAGCCCAACAGUCAUGCUCUCUGCAGGCAGUUUUUCUUCCCCCUAUGAACAUCUGAGCCAACCCGAGACUAAGCGCAUGGUAGAACACUACACCGCCUACCUGAGCGACAACACCCGCCUCAUUGCUAACCCCGGACUUAAAUUCUCUGUCAGAAAUGAAGUAAUGGCUACCAGUCACGUCACAGAUGAAUGGAUGACACAAAUGGAAAUGAGUAGCCUGAAUACUUACAUUGUCCGCCGUUACAUAGCAACACCCAAUGGAGUCCUCAGAAUUUAUCCUGGCUCCCUCAUGGACAAAGCAUUUGAUCCCACUAGGAGACAAUGGUAUCUGCAUGCCGUGGCUAACCCGGGGUUGAUCUCUUUGACCGGUCCUUACUUAGAUGUUGGAGGAGCUGGCUAUGUCGUUACAAUCAGUCACACGGUUCAUUCUUCCAG